AAAGAACGACCCCAACAUUGGAAAUGGAUUGGUAAAGGGAGGGAUGACACAGAGAGUUUAACACCAUUGUUCGAAGUCUGGUUCAAAAAUAAAGACGGUAGCCUGUUUGACGGUGGUGAUUCCAAUCAGAGUUCACCUCCACCAGCUAGAAGUAAAACAGAUUACGUAGUGAAGGCAUCAACAAAAGAAGAAAAAGUUUCUUUUAGAGAGCAGGAAGAGCAGAGAUUUUACGAACCUCACAAGCCCUAUACUUAUAAUAUCCAUGGUUACGAUGCAGUGGUAGGACCUGUAAAAGGAGUCUACAGUAAAGAGAGCGCUAUGACGAAAGCGAGAGAGCAUGCUCUGUUAAUUUCAGAUCGUCCAGCGUACGUUACUAUACUUACUAUUGUACGUGAUGCUGCCGCCAGAUUACCUAAUGGAGAGGGUACGAGAGCUGAUAUCUGUGAAAUUCUCAAAGAUUCUCAAUUUUUAGCUCCAGGUGUUACAGAUGCUCAGAUAAACACUGUAGUAAGUGGAGCUCUAGACAGACUACAUUCAGAGAAAGAUCCAUGUGUAAAAUACGACGUCAAUAAAAAGAUCUGGAUUUAUUUACACAGGAACAGGUCAGAAGAUGAAUUUGAUCGAAUUCACCAGGCUCAGUUGGCAGCUGCCAAGGCCAAGAAAUCUCUACAGAAACCCAACCCAAAACGAUCAACUACCAUCGCCAAUCAGUUGAAAUCUCAGAAAACAAGCCCAAGAUCCAAUGCCCAAAAACAAGGAUCUUUAAAACUGAACGUGACAACCCAGAGUCCGCAGCCUGUUGUCACAGCAACUCCUGGAAUUCCU